CUCAAUGCCGAAAUGUAGUUACUCAGGAAAACAUGGCGGCGUCGAAGCCCUCAACGGCAACAGACUCGAACACAAACAUUCCAGAUUAUGAAUACACUGAUGUUAACACUCACAUAUUUCAUAUCGGCUCUUUCAGAAACGAGUGGCUGAACAGACUGAAGCCUAGUAACUACUCCUAUCAGCAGGAGGACGAGGACACGUUCGAUGCUAACUUUGCUAGAGAGAUGGGGAUCAGUGCGGAGACGAUGACUGACCUCAAGUCCAUCUGCAGUCCUGAUUCCCUGCGUUGCCAUCCUGAGGACGAGCAGCCUGAAACAGAAGUUGUUCCUCCAGACUCAACGCUGAGAACACUAGCACAGAGAAAAAAGAAACAAGAUUACAGAGCCUCUCUUAAAAUCACCAAGAAUAGACACGACCUGUACGCGGAUGAACUGGAGCGCUUAACUGUCGGUAGGAAGCCAGAAGCAGUGGCUGACAUGGUCCCUGAAGGAGAAGUCAUUCUAACCAUCAACAUCUACUACCCCGCUACUUAUGAGAAAUUUAUCUACUGCAGACCCCACAUAACUCUGCUGAUGACGGGCUCCCACAGCUUGGCAGAGCUCAGGGAUGCCAUCUGCUGUGUCAGCGACUUACAAGUGUGCGGAGAGUUCAGCAACACGCCGGACAUUGUUCCAGACUUCAUCAGCAAAGAUCAUUACAAGUCAGCUUUCUUUUUCUUCGAAGGAGUUUUCUAUAACGACAUGCGAUAUCCCGAGUGUCAGGACAUGAGCAUGACUACCAUUGAAUGGGCAAAGGCCCACAAAUUCCCCCCUUACAGCCAGGCCAAGAUGGAGGACACCCGAUUCCUGGAUCUGAAAGUGAAGGUGGGCUUCCCGUACCUCUACUGUCAUCAGGGAGACUGCGAACAUCUCGUCAUUAUCACAGACGUCAGACUGUCCCAUCAGAUGGACUGCCUGGACAAGAAGCUGUAUCCACUUCUCACACACAAGAACAGGCUUAUUACCCAGAAGUGUGCUGUCUGUCAUGUCUUCAUUGGAAGAUGGUUUACUACCAACGACCAGUUUGCUCCGAGUGAUCCGUGUCUCUUCUGUGACAAGUGCUUCCGGAUGCUGCACUACGACGCGCAGGGCAACAAGCUGGGAGACUUCCUGGCCUAUCCGUUUGUGGACCCUGGUGCAUUUAACUAAUGCUUUUCUUUAGAUCAAUGCGGUUCUGUUUUAUUGUGCAGAGAGAAAUGUUUUGAUAUUUGGGAAAUGUAUAACUUGUUUAAAAAGAUAUCGUUUUGGACAAUUAUUUGAUUUUACAGAUGUUUGAAAUGAACAGUAACAUUUACUGGAAAAUGU